AUCAUUUUACGGAUAAUAUUACAGAUAUUUUUACCGUACAAAGUAAACGUAUACUAUACAAAAGUUUUCUUCCGUGUGAGAUAAAUUAUUUAAUACGUUAAUCGUUGAGCAUUUUUCUAAAACGAAGACGUUAAUUCUUAUCAAACAGGUCUUAUGAUGGUAUUAUGCAUUACCUUGUGCUACGUUCAUCAAUUUAAACAAAUUAGAUAAUUUACUUGGAAAUUAUGUACGAGAGGCGAGAAAAAAGUCAUAAAACAUUCUAGUAGUUGAUGGAAGAGAAGGUAGAGGAACCGAUAUAGUUCGCAGUCAAAUCUGAAGUUUCGAUGAUUGCAUAUGAUGAAGAUCAAUUAUAAAAAUCAGUUCUUCUUGAAUUGGCUACUUCUUCUUCCUUUUGGUUUGUGGCCUGACAAGGAAACAAAAUUCACUUAUCUUCAGGCAACAUUGUUUUGUUGUCUUAUGAUGAGCAGCAUUAUAUUUCAGCUCUCAAGACUCUUCACUGCAGAAUGUAGCUUCGAUCUUAUUGUGAGAAUAUUAUCUUCCACGACAUUCUUUGCUACGCUCACAGUUCCGACCAUCUUAUUUUGGAUUCACUCGAAAACUAUGAAAUAUUUACUGUACAAAGUGGAACACAUGUACGACGAAUUACACGACAGGAACGAAAUCACCAUCUGUGAAAAAUACAGAUACAUUGCUAGACGUUUUACUAUCAUAGUAGUAAUACUUCUUAUGUGCGCUAUGACUUUUGCUACUGUCUUGUUAUAUUGGCCAUUCGCUUUUGAUAUUUUAAUACCAAAAAAUGAGUCUUACACAAUUCGCACGAUGGAAAUUGUGAGCAAGUUCUUCGUUGUAUCAAAGAAGUAUUAUUUUUUAGUUAUGGUGCACUUAUGUUCAGCCGCUUCUGCAGGAGUAAUCGUGCUGUCAGCGAUCGGAACAAUGUUGAUAUCGCAUUUCAUGCAUGCAUGCGGUAUGUUUGAAAUUGCCAGCUACCGUAUUGAACAAGCAAUGGCGGUCGAGUUGUUACAUAUCUUUAACAUAAGGAACGAAAUUAUAAUUUACAGGAAAAUAAUCUGUGCCAUAGACAUACAGCGUCAAGCUAUGGAAUUCACUACAUUUAUUGUCACUAAUAUUGAAACAUCAAUUUUCUUUUCGACAAUAACUACUGUGCUUUGCAUAAGUUUCAAUCUUUUUCGGAUAUUUCAAAUUGAGUCAUUCAGGGACCAGAUAGAGGAAGCUUUAGCACAUCUUUCUGUUGUAACGGUGGUUCUGGGGCUCAUGUUCCUAACCAAUACUAUUGGGCAAGAAGUUACAGAUCAUAGUAAUAACGUGUAUGUAAUUACAUACAGCGUUUUAUGGUACUUAGCACCGUUACGCAUACAGAAACUGAUACUAUUUGUAUUACAAAGGAGCAAUAAAAUUUUUAUCCUGAAUGUCGGUGGAUUAUUUUCAGCAUCUUUAGAAUGUUUCGCUACAGUAAAGCUAUUUUAUUUAUUUCUACGUAUUGUUGAAGCAAGCAAGUUAUUGGAUUGCUUAUGGUAAAAAAAGAUUUGAAACAGUUUUCUUUAAUAUAACUUUACUUUUACUUUUUACAUAUACGUGCUAUCUAUUAUUAAACGCAUAUAAGUGAGCGUGAGUAUUUGAACGAGAGAUCGGCUCACAUAGUACGAAAAAGAAAGCAGUCAUAUGACUUUCAUGGAAGUUGUACAUAUGUUAACCUCGUUUAAAAAAUUAUCUUUUUCUUUCUAUUUCUAUUUCUAUUUCUAUUUCUACAAUUAACUACUUUCUGAAACAUACAAGAUACUAUACAUACAAACAUACAAGAUAAUAUACUAUAUUUUGCUACGAAAGUUGACUAACUGAUAGGUGGUUGAAUUCUAACUCGAUUCCGCAAAUUAUGAAUGAACGUAACGUAACUCGUGGUUAUUCAGCAUUCACUCUUCAAUUAAAUCUUCGAAGACAUCAUCUUAUUCUUCAUUGUCGCCCAAUACAGCUAUAUUUUCUUGGUCUUCUAGUUUAUUGUCAGAUUGAUCCUGUUCGUUGUUUGUCCACUGUUAGAAGACCAUUCGAGAAAAUUACAUCGACGACGAGAUUAAGAAUAUCGCCAUCAUUGUCACGCACCUAUAUUUUUGCGGUUUCUCACGCAGUAUCAACAAACAUUACUCUUGUACAUACCAUCCACAAUGUCCUGAAUAUCGUGCAAGAAACAAUGAACGUAUACGGUGUUUGAUAGAUUUUGAUACCAAUCUUACAAAACUGCAAAACAACAGGGAUUUAUUUGAAUUUUAAAUAAUAAUACUAGAGCACUGGGAAAAAGACUUAAACUUUUACAUAUACUUAAUAUUUAAAACUUUCAUCCUUGGAAAUUCGUACUGUUAAAUUUAAUAAUAAAGUUUUUCACGAUAAAGUUUUUCUGAUAGUGUUCAACAGUUCCCCCUUUUUCUUUUCAUUAUGAUUUUGAUAAUUCCUCGAAACAACAAACUAUCCUGAUUUUGUUGCAGUACGUUGCAGUACCGGCACAAUGGCGGCCGGUGUUCUAUAACACCAUAUAAAUAUUGGCUUCUUGUUACAACACACAACUUAGAGCUAUAAAUUGUUGAGGCAAAUAAGUUAUUAGUUUGCGCAGGAUAGAAAAAUAUUCGAGACAGUUUCCAUUACUAUAAUUGUACUACAAAUUAUUUAACUUUUCAUAUACACGAGCUAGCUAGUCGAUCAUAUUAAUUGCAUGAGAGAUUGAGUGUAUCUGUUUGACCAACGAGACCGGAUCACGCAGCAAAGAAGAAAAAAGUCAUAUGACUUUCGUGAAAGUACUGCGCGUGUCAGUCUUGUCUUAACAUAUUAUUAUAAUGGAAACAUACAAAACUUGCUCCAACAUAUAUUACAUAUAAUAUUUAUUAUAUAUAAUAUUACAUAUAUUGUAUGCAUUUCUAAUAUACACAUAAUAUUAACAUAUUUAUGAUACACUUAAGAUACACUUAUAAUACAUUGUGUGUUUGUGUGUGUGUGUGUGAACGAUAUUUUUUUAUAAUAUAUUUAUUACAAUAUAAUAUAGUAUAUGAACAUGUGAAAAUAUGUCGUAUAUAUAUUUUGCAAAUACAAGCAAGACAAAACAACAAAAUGUACUUGUUUGCAGCUGAUUAGUGCAUCAAUUUCUUACUUCACCUUCAUGUACUCCAUGCAGUAACGACCAGAUAUCUUGUCUGAUAGUAUUAGAAUAGAGUAGGUAGACAUCUUGUUUGAUAGUAUUAAAAUGGAGUAGAUGUAACACACGGAACACACACGCGCAAAUACAUUUAUCUUUUUGGAAUUGUAAGACUCCCUAUAAAGUAAACAGACAAAAGUUGCAUUAGUAGAAAUACAUAUGGAGUCAAUCACAGAAUCGACAAUAAGAUAUUUCUCAUUCUUAAACAUAUGGGACGUUAUUUAAAUAAAGUUUAAACAAUAUAACAAUAUAAGAAAUAUGUCAUAAACAUUCAAACUUAUAGGUGCUUGCACUGUCUAAAUAAUUGAGCAGCAAUUUUGCAAUUAUUCGCAGAUGUUGAUAAUAAAUAUUUGUGCAUACAAUUCAUCUAAAAAAUGACAAGAAUGAAGAUAUCAAUGAAGACAAUAGUAACUCGAAAAAUAUUAGAACACCUUUAGUAAUGAUAGCUGCAAUGACAAUUGAUAUUAUUAGGACAAAAAGUUAUAUUAGUUAAAAAAGAUAUAUUCAAGAAAGUGUAUGACACCACACGGAGAGAGAAAUGAAAGAUUUAUUUGAGGAGAGAAAGAAUGAGUAAACGCAUUAAAAUUAAGGACGUUAUAUUGGAAUGGC